AAGAAGCAAAAAUGAAGACAUUUUUGUUUUUACUUUUAAUUUUAAUAGUAAACAAUUGUUCGGCAUUCUCGAACGCUGAUGCUGAAGCUUAUGCAUUAGCUGAUGCUGAAGCGGACCCGAAUCCAAAACCGAAGGCUGACCCUGAAGCGAAUGCGGAAGCAAAGCCGAUAGCUAUUGCUGAAGCUAUCGCUGUAGCAGAACCUAAUGCUAAAUCGGUUGCAUUAAUAGGAAAAGUAGGAGCACCUCGACUACGUCCCUCAGGAAGGCUUCCAAUCAAAAGGAUAACACGUAAACCACCAAUUAAACCAUUAACUAAACGACCUACUAAAAGACCUACCAAACGACCUACUAGAAAACCGACUAAACGACCAACCAAACGACCAACCAAACGACCAACCAAACGACCAACCAAACGACCAACCAAACGACCGACUAAACGACCAACUGAGCAGCCUAAUAGAACCGAGGAACCCCAUCACACAAUAGAUCCGCAUCCAUAUCCAUCACCAUAUGACAACCAUCAAUCUUCGGCUGAUAUUAAUGGAAUAAUAGAUGAUAUACAUAAUAUAAUUCACGAUAUUACUAACGGUACUAACCACGGAACGGAUUACCCUAACUCCAAUGAAGAUUAUCCAGUAGAUCCCGAUGAUACAGACCCCGACACUCCCGAAGUAGAUCCGGAAACUCCCGAAGAAGAUCCGGAAACUCCCGAAGAAGAUCCGGAAACUCCCGAAGAAGACGAUGAAGCUCCCGAAGAAGAGGCUGAAACUGCUGAAGAAGGAGAAGAGGCGGAUAAUCCUGAAGAAGAGGCUGAUUGAAGUGGGGCCUGUAAUCUCUAUCAAUAAAUAGAUUUAAUAUAUAUAAGUCUAAAUCUACUCUAUUUAACAAUGUCUACUUUUUAUCUAAAAGUGGAAAGUAGUUUUUUAUUUUCAUAACAGAAGGCACUUGUUAAUAAAUUUAAACAUUCAAUAAAUUAUA